GCUGUUACUGAGUCAUGUUCAUGUCCGACGCCGCGAUUUUCGCCGAUAUUCUGUUGUAUUACAUGCAUUCUUUAUUUCCUGAAUUAAACUUAUCUCCUCUCAGUCUCAAAAUACCAAUUUGAAAGCUAGAGUUUCAGAUUUGUUUCUAUUUGCUGUAUUUGAAAGAUCCUUUUUCAGUCCAUGACCUUCGGAUCCAGUUUCCGAGACCAUUUAAGGCCAAACUCGCAGAAACUGCGACGGUUGCAUGCUGACGAUCGCUGAAGACAUCUUUCAGAGUGAUAUAUAGGUCUUUUUCUCUAGGAAAUGAUGAACGAGCAGCAGGAACAGCUUUUGAAAGGACUCCAAGAAAUGUUUGAAACAGGAACGCUUACCGAUAUUACAAUCGUAGCAGACGACACCCGAGUGAAAUGCCAUCGCAACGUGCUUGUAGCCAGCAGUCCUUAUUUCAGAGCAAUGUUUACAAGUGAUGUCUGCGAGAGUGGACAGCAGGAAGUAAAACUGAAGGAUGUCCCAGGUUCCAUUCUUCACCUUCUUGUAAGGUACCUGUAUUCAGGAGAGGUGGCAAUCAACAACGACAAUGUUGAAGGUGUCUUGACAGCAGCUAGCAUGCUGCAGUUGGACAGCUUGCUGCAUACCUGUGAGAAUCACAUGGAUGGUGCCCUUACACUUGACAAUUGCGUGGAGGUGAUGAUGUUUGCAGAUUUUCACUCACUGUCCAAGCUGAAAGCAUCUUCCCGCAUGUAUGUGUUGGAUCAUUUCACUGAUUUACUAGAAUCUGAUAGUCUCAUGACACUUCCAGAAAUAAUGUUUCUGGAUCUUGUUACAGCAGAUGAGCUAAAUGUGGACAAAGAAGAAACUGUCUAUGAAGCCAUUAUCUUGUGGGUUCAGUAUGAUAUUGAAGAAAGACAUAAAGCUUUUACCAAACUGUUCCAGUCUGUGAGGCUGACAUUAAUUGACCGGGAUUAUAUAUCUUCUAAUAUUGAGUCAAAUCCUUUGGUCAUAAGAGAUGCAUUUUGUCGUGGUCUGAUUCUUAUAGCAAAUGUCUACAGGAUAGGUGUUGAAGCUCAUGCAGAUGCCACAAAUGAGCUUGAAAUAAACUGCAAGCCAAGACAUGGUAUGUUCAAUAAAUCCUUGUUGAUUUUUUCUGGUGGAGCAGGAAGUGAGAGUGAUCGUUCCUUCACUGCAUUUGACCCAGAGACCAAGAAGAAUUACUAUUCAAUUAAGCAUCAUCCAACAUUUGAUUUUGAAUUCAAGAUAGAUCAUUUUCGUCUUGCAGUCACUCAGGAAAAUGGCAUCUAUUCUUGGGGCAUUUUCUUUGACCAUUAUCAUUUUGAUGAGCAUGGCGCAGCCAUGGCAACAGUGAUGCAGUAUGUUCAAAGAGAGGGCUCAUGGAAACGGUGUGCAGAUAUGAACAGUGCAAGGUGUGCCAUGGCUGUUUGUUGCUAUGACAAUAAAAUCUUUGUUUUUGGGGGCUAUGCUACAUAUCCAGGCUUUCCUCCCUUAGACAGCUGUGAGGUGUAUAAUCCUGAGAAUAAUGAGUGGAGCAUCUUGGAACCUAUGCCUGUGGGUAUAGCUCAUCAUGCAGCAUCUGUCUACAAAGAGUCUAUUUUCAUUUUUGGAGGACUUGAUGAUGAGGAAGCAUAUCUAAAUACUGUCCUCAGUUUUCAAGUGCUUCACAAUACAUGGACGCUGAUAAGAACAGAAAUGUUCACUGCCAGAGCAGAAUGCUUGGCCUUUACAUUCAACAGAAAGAUUUAUAUCUUGGGUGGGUGUAAUCAGACUUCUAACCUUUUGUCAGUUGAAGUGUAUGAACCGGAUACCAACAAAUGGCAGCAUGGUGAGGACUUUCCUGACGAGAGAAAGUUUACCUCAAUGGUUCUUGUUGACCACUAUAUUUAUGUGUGUGGUGGUAUGCGUCAGUUCACACAAAGAGCUGGUAGCAGUCGCCGUUCACGCACUGUGGAAACAAAGGAUCUCUAUCGCUAUGACCUCAUAAGCAACUCCUGGAGUUACUGUACACGCUUGGUGGAAUAUGGUAGCAAUGCUGCUUGUGCUUCAGCUACAGUCAACAUCAAAUUACUUCAGGAGAGCCAGUUUGUUAGUUCAUAAUGGACUUGACUGGAGUUUGGUGUGUGGAACCUUUGUUUAUAAAACUAAUGAUUUGUGUGUUUUGUUCAUAGCAAUUACAGCAGCAAUAACAAGAACAGAAAUUGUAUGAGUGUGCGUGAGAAGAUAGAGAGUGAAAGACUGUGCAUUCUUAAAGAUUACACUGAAAUCUAGCCAUAACAUAAAGAAGAAAAAGUAAUCUUUAAUUUCUUCAAUUUUUGCAUCACAUAUAAAGCCUUUUUUGGCCAAUUUCCUUGUGUGGCUUGUAUGCACAAAGUUUUAUUUUCCCCUCCCUAUAAUAUUUAACAAAUCAGGGAAUACCUUAUCUCUUGUAGUUGUAUUCUUUAUUAUUUAUUUACAGUUUAUUGCUGAACAUUUGUGAUCAGUUCAUGUUGACACUUUUUGCAAUGUGAAGUAUUUAGAUAUAUUAUGCUAUAUACAAAUUUAAUGAGAUUUUUGAGCAAGCUCAAAAUUCUUGCCUACAUUAUUACAUCUUAAUUACUUUUGUUUAAAAUUGUUACUUUGAAAGCCUUUCCGAUUUCUGGGAAAUCACCAUCCUAUUUGCAAUGCCUUGUCAAGAUUUUUAGUGCUUGAUCAUUGGGCAUUAUAACGAAAAUCAGACAUUUUUUCCCAGUGUACUAGUGCUAAUAGUAAUGUUAAUGUGUUCAGAAACUGAGGAUUUUUACCAAGAACAUGUGCAUGUCUUGUUUAUUUUUUUAUACAUGCUGAACUAUUCCUGUUGAUGGAUCAGAUAUUUUGCAAGAUGAAGGGCAGUAAUGUUACUUAAAAGUGAUUUGGGUUUGUGCCAAAAUAAUUUGAGAAAAAUGCAGCUCGAUAAUGUGUUACAGAAAAGUUGACAGAUCACAAAUUUUGGGGUUUGCAAUUUUAAAACAAACAGAUCAAGAGUUUUGGGCAAUGAGCCACAUAGGCUGGUAUUGGUUUAUAAUUGCAAUAAAAAAUUAAUAAUUAAAUGCAAUAGAAUUAUAGUUUUAAUAACAGUUGCUUUAUUUAGUGGAGGUGGAAUCAAUAGGUGUGCAGCACUUGUAAAGUUUGUUUGUUGCGGUCGAAUAAUAUCACUUUGCAAUCUCUGUCCUCCCUUUAAAAAUCCCCAUGAUUGAUAUUUCACUCAGCAUUUGUUUUGUGCAUGUCUAUUGACUGGGCAAACUUAUUGCAAUCACGAAAUUUUGCUUUUCGUUACCGUCCUUAAUACCGUGAUAAUGUGUUUGUGGGAUUGUUGAAAUACAUUUUGUAUUAUUUUCCAAACAACA